CACCUAGCCUGUCAUGGAGUGCCGAAUCGACAACAGCCAUUCGAGUCUCCAUUCUCAAUGCGCGACGGGCUGUUAAUGAUCAAGGUCAUUACACAAUCUGACUGGCAGAAACCGGAGUUUGCAUUCUUUUCGGCUUGUCAGGCUACCGUGGGCGAUGAGAAGAGUCCCGAUGAAUCGAUCCAUCUUGCUGUGACGAUGUAG